UUUCUUCAUUGCGAAAACGAGACGCCCCUUUUCAUUUUAACAUCGUCAAACAGGGGAAAAAAUAAUCGCCCAGCACAGAAUCCGAUGUCCACAUUUGUUGACACGUUCGACGACUCAGAAGUCACUGAGGUCGACUCGCCUGUCCACUUCGGCAACAGCAACAGCCACAGCCACGGCGGCGAUGGUGGUGAUUACGUAGGUUACAAUUCUGAACAGUUCGACUCCUUCGCGCCUAACGAUGACGCUUACGCCUCGGAGCCUGCUCCGAUCUACGGCGAGGGCGGAGAGUUCGGGACGGCGGAGGAGAACGGGAGCAGCGGUUUCGAUGGAGAUUUUGGUGGAUCCAGUGGUCCUGUUCUGCCGGCUCCAUCGGAAAUGGCGGAGGUCGGACUCGCUCUCAGAGAGUGGACAAGGAACUACGAAAUUGCGAAUAUGCGUAGUCAAUUGGCUUCCUUCUUUGGCGGAUUUCAUGCUUGAUCGAAAGUUUGUGCCUGAUCUUCAGACGGGUAGGCUAAAUUUAUGUGCAUACCUGCUAAGAUAGGGCUAAAUUGCAGAGAAUUCGAUUGGAAAUGGCGAUUCAACAAUGAUCUUCUCCUUGCUCAUUUUUUCUUUCGUUCCGUUGUUUGGGUGCACAGGGAGAACGCCUUGCGAUUGGAGGAGAAGGAAAAGAAGGAAAGGGAGCUGCUAAGCAAAAUAAUAGAGGAGGCAGAGGAUUUCAAGGUAGAGUUCCAUAAGAAGAGGGAGGUUACUUGUCAGAGCAAUAAAGCAAUCAACAGGGAAAGGGAGAAGCUAUUUGUGACCAAGGAAGAGAAGUUUCAUGUUGAGGCAGAUAAGGAAUACUGGAAGUCGAUAGCAGAUCUCAUCCCUAACGAAGUGCCUGCUCUCGAGAAGAAGAAAACAAAGAAGGAUCAGGAGCAGAAGCCUUCGAUCAUGGUGGUACAAGGUCCCAAACCAGGGAAACCAACUGAGCUCUCUAGGCUCCGCCACAUACUCCUUCAACUGAAACACAACACACCACCUCACCUGAAGCUCGCUCCUCCACCACCCGCAAAGGAUCCUAAAGCUAGCGAUUCAGCAGCAGCCUCUACUUCUACAGCUGCCGCAGCAGAAGCCCCAAAAGCCCCCGAGCCAGUGGCCGUUGCUUGAUCACUAAAACAUAUAUGUCAUCCUCUCUCGAGCCUAGUCGAAGUUUACUUUUCCCCGCAGCAUUAAGAGUAUAGCAUGAGAAUCAUUUUGGAAUUUGAGAGUUUCACUAGAUCUUCGAAUGACAGUCCCGAAUAUGCAAAUCUGAUUACAUUUAGGCGGGAAAAGGCGUUGUGUCCUCGAGUCCAAGUCUGUGUUCUGGUCUUCAUUGAUGGAUGAUGAUGGUUCACAAAGUCAUUCAUUGAUCAGCUUACGUGUGGUCCCAUAUGUCUGGAAAGCUUUGUCUAGGGAACAUGGAAUCUGGAUACGAUGAGUAGAGCCAAGAACUUGGGGAAUCAAGCAAGCUCUUACAAUUUAGCGAUGCAGCAGAGAAGAAAAGAGGGCUCUAGCAUGGCCAUGUGAGUCUGUGGUCCAGAUUCCCAUGACUGUGCCAUCCCUUAUCGUGAUUUUGGAACUGUUACCUCAGUGUUUUUUCUGCACCAUUGCUGGACCAUAACCGUGAAUAAACCAUUCUCCUUUGUUGUUUCUCAUGAAACCUGAUUCCUGCUUCAGUCCCUUUCCAGCUUUCUCCAUUGAUGAAAGCCGCAACUGCCACUCAGGAGUUAUGAAGCUAGAUUGCUUUAAUUAAAUGAAG